UAACUUCUCGCAAACACGCGCCAAAAUUAAGGGGCUAAACCAAGGCAGCAGCAGAGGAAGAAUAAUAAACCAGUGAGUAAGCGAGUCCAUAACAAUAACAAGCAGCAGCAAUGGUUAAAGCGGUGGUUGGAGACGAAACCCAACUCAAUUUAGCGGAGGAUCGCCUCUGCCAAUCGGGUCUCAACUCUCAGGUGGGUCUGGUGAUAGGCAAGCUCAGCUCUACAUUAGACCGAGGUUUCGUCUAUGAUUUGGUUCCUACCCCACCCAACGAUGCCGGAGAGCCAGCUUGUUCGCUUAUCGAUGCCACCACCAUCGCCAACACCACAUUCAAAGAUGAAAAGAGAAAGGGAUCCAAACCCGUAUCGCAGGCUGCCGAUUCUUCUACAUUGGCCAUCGAUAAAGAUUGGGUCGCCGAGCACGCCCGCCAGGUUUCAAGAAUGUUACUGGGUGGUGUGAAGGUGGUCGGCGUUUAUGUAUGGAUUAGUGAUACCUCUUUCAAGAAUUCAACCAUUACUCUUUGCCAGCUUUUGCAGACAGUAAAGGAAGUUGCAGAAGCUGCACCGGUCCUGGAUACUGAUUAUGAUAAAAGGCUUCUUAUUCAUAUAUCUCAUAGUCCCAGGAGGUGGACAUGUCGAAAUUGUGUGCUGUCUUCAAAUAUUACCUCAAGCAGCAUACGGCCUUGUGAUUUUAAAAUGGGAAGGGUCUUAAGUUCACUUCAGAAAUUUAGGUGCACAUAUAACUUCAAACUCAGCUUGCCCGUAUUUCAUGAAAAUGCAUCAAAUGCCUCAACAUUGAGUGAAAUCCUGCAUCAUGGAAUCUCAGUUCAUGCAAAAGAGCUAAGAAGUGCAAAUGCUUUAAUUGAUGGAAAUCUGGUUGUUAAUGGAGAACCAUGCACUACUGGCGAUUUGCAUGAAAUUGAAUUGCUUGUACCAUUCAUGAAGAGUACAGAGGCUGAAGCGUGCAGCCAAAAGGAUGUUGUUGGUGUUCUUAUGUUCAAUGGGUCUGUGUGCUCCUUUGCAUACUUGAAUUCAAAAGAACCAGUUUCACAGGCUGUUGCUGAUAUAAAGGAAGAUAUUAUCGGGAGUCUACAAAGCAGACUGGACAUCAUUUGUGAUGAAGCAGAUGAAGAUCUGGGUCCCUUAGAUGUUGAUGAUAGGGAAACAAGCCGAGAAAAACUGCCUGAAAAACCUGUGUCCAAACUUGUCCUCUGCUUACUGAGGAAAACAUGUAAUCUUGCAUUUCCUCGAAGAAUAUUUAUUCCUUGGUUGGCUGGUACAUUUAUUUGUGACUACUUACAUCCAUCUGAGACACUUGAGGUCCUAAAAGAUCACUGUAUUGAGUUGAUGUCCAUGGAAGCUCCAAUUGAUGCAUUGACAAUUCUCCAACCAGAAGUAGAAGCUCCAUCAGUCACAGCUAAGUCUUUUUGGGAUGUUGCUGUCCCAGGUCAUUCUGCAUCUAGCUUUUCUGUACAGAAGAUAGACACAAGUGCUGUGGUUAGUAGUAGCAGGGAAAAUAUCAAAUCAAUAAACUUCAACAUUUUGGCCGCAGUUUUCAUCCUUCUCCUUUCCAUCUUCGUUGGGUUUUUGCUUCUCAAGCGAUCUUAGUCUCCGAGUGGAUUUUUAUUAUAUGGGUUUGGUUAGUGCCAUUUUUGUUUCAUUAUUUAUUUAUUUAUUUAUUUGUUUAUUUGUUCAUUUCAAGGUUAUGGAAUGUCUGAUUGUUGAGUGAUGAUUGUCUGUAGAGUGAAUUUUGGCUUGUAAAUGGCGUGGGAUUAUUGUUUAUUAUAUUUUUUUGUUAAUUAAAAAAAAUUCGAAGUAAGGUGAUGAA